UACAAAUAGUUUAGCGUGGAGAGUUUAGCACCUGGUAAAUGCUGUAAAAUACUGUAGCAUUUCGCUGCCAUAUUUUGUCAUUGAUGGACAUCCCAAAAUAGCUGUGUUCUGACAAAAUUAAAUAAAAUGCAACAUUUAAUUAUAUCAAAGUAGAUAUUUUACCCGUACCCAUAUUACAGAUUCUUAAAGUGUUAAAUAGAUUUUACCUGUCACUAUAGUGAAGGCCUUUACACAUUUUUGUGGUGCAAUCAGCCAUUCAGCAUUGUGAUUUUCCAACAGCUCCAACAUAAUUAGUCACAUGAUGUUCCUGGAGUAACUGAGUGCCUGUGAACAAAGAGGGCAGCAUGCAGGCCAUAUGCUUCUGAGUUGGCAUCCACCAGCUGAUGACCUACCAUUGAGAAAUAUAAAUGGAUAGCGACAAACAGACGCAGCAGCGGCUUGGCUUGGAGUCAGUACCUCCCCUAUGUGCUGCCUUACUCCAUCAUCACAUCCCUGAACGUGAGCGGUGUAGCUGAGGAGCACUUCUUUAAACCCAGACACUUCGUUGGAGUUGCUUCUCUGUGCGUCUGAGAGUCGGAGGGAGGGGAGAAGCAUCCCCCAAAAUCUCUUUUAACGAUGGAGACCCGUCUGGUUGUAUUCCCUGGAGCUCACUUUACUCUUUCUACCUGGCUAAUUCUUUCCUUCUUGUAUGUUUUUCCAAAUGUAAAGGCAGAAAUAAGUUGCGCGCCAUGUAUGUCGCCAAUGCAAGUGAAUUACGCAGGGGAUGAGCAUCUGCGUGACCCGCCUGAUUCUGGGAAAUAUCCGAGACAGGAUCAAAAGAAACCCAAGCUGAUCACAGUUCUUUACCCGAAUGUUGGAGUACCCACUGGACUAGAGGUGGAUGGUUUUCCAGGGAUCGCGACGAAACUGGAAAGAAAGGCAGAGAGGAUAAACUCCCGUGCGCCUUUGGAGAACUUCACCGAGUCCGCUUUAGAUGUAGAAUUGUUUUCGGAUGAAUAUGUGAAAAGUGAAUCCGAACUGGAAUCCGAGGACGCCGCAUUGGGGAGAGCCAAAAGAAGCGUGCCCGAGUUUCUGGAGAGCGCGCGGAGCGCUGAUCCUCGCUCGGAGGAGCAGAGAAAAACCUCCGGUCUGCGGAUGGAUGGACAGGGUAAACGCGCCGAAGUUCGCUGGAACAAGGAUGAUGAGCAUGAUGGCAGAGUAUCGGAUUCCAGACCAGACGAACCCAAACUGACCAGCAGCACUUUUGCUCUGGCUGGAGACUCCGCACACAACCACGCAGUCGUGUACUGGACUGGAAAAAACAGCAGUGUAAGUCCGCAACAUACUGUACUUCUUUGCAGUAGCUAAUAUCAUAUAUGCUAAUUAGUUAUCUAGACCAUGCUGCCUUGUUUAGCUUUCAGGUUUCUCGUCAGUUUCAGUUGUUGUCACUGUGAAGACGUGCACAUGUUGUUUUAAGUCCAUAGGGUUUAUAAUGAGCAUUUCAUCCCAACCUGUCUUGGAAUGAUGGCUCUUUAAACAGCCCUGUUGAAAAUGCCAUCUUAAACCAUUCUAAGCUAGAUAUCAAGGUGGUUUUACAUGGGUUUUAGCACUUUUCAGCUUGGGAAGAAUCUCUUAAACCAGUAGCUUAGACCAGCAGAACAGCUUAGUCUUUUGAGCAGAGAUGAUCUAAAUGUUUACAGAAAACACCUGUUCAGAGUGAUAACCACAUGUUUGUCAAAGAGAUCAAGCACAGGACCUCUAUAGCAAUGAGCUGGAAUGUAAUUCAUAAUGUUACUAAUUGCCUUAGUUAAAUCGACUAGGGGCAAAGUCUGCAAAUAUUCUUUUAAUGCAAUAUCUUUCCGCACUGUCUUUAUAUUUUUUUCCGAUUGAAAUGGUUUGCGUGUAGAGCAGGUUGUUGGCUGGAGCCUCCUGGCUCUGCAGUGCUGUCUGUGUUUUUGGACUGGAGAUUUUUUGGAUUGGCAAGAUAGGAGAUUUUAUAAUACUUAUCUCAAUAAUUCAGGGAUCCAUCUAG